GUGAGACUACUGACUAAUUUCUGGGAAGUAAGUGUUCAAAGUAAAAUAGUCUACCGCUAUGAUCUGGCGGUAUAUCUAGGAACCCCUACAAAUGAGAAAGCCGUUGACUGCCUACGUGGUGAACAAGAUGAUUCUGCUGUGGUGGCGAGACGAAAACUAUGCCUACAAGCUCUUCACCAUGCCUUACAGUGUUACGGUAUACUUAGUAAAGGAGAAGCUGUUAUUCAUGAUGGCGCUUCCAUGAUGUUCUCAUCAGAAGAUUUGGCCCAUGCCUUGAAAGAG